UUUGCGCUCAACCUUGCUGUUACAGUCUCAAAGCAAGCGGGGAAAGGAUUUAUUUUAGAGGUCUCCGGGACCUCUUACUUUUCCCACAAUGGAGCAACAAUCACACAGGGCGCAUCGGCCCGCGAAGGAGAAGAAAAAGUAUGAUGGUCCUAAUCCGAAAGCUUUUGCUUUCUCGAAUCCUGGAAAGUUGAACAAGGCCGGCGCAAGAUCGCACGAUAUCAAAGAGAAAAGACUCCAUGUGCCCCUCGUUGAUCGCCUGCCCGAGGAGGCGCCUCCUCUCAUCGUCGCCGUCGUCGGACCGCCUGGAGUGGGCAAAACGACUCUCAUCAAGUCCCUGAUUCGCCGAUACACAAAACAAACUCUCAGCACACCGAAAGGCCCGUUGACCGUGGUGACCUCCAAGAAACGCCGUCUUACAUUCCUCGAAUCCCCCUCCGACUCCCUCGCCAGCAUGAUCGAUGUCGCCAAGAUCGCCGAUAUUGUGCUGUUGAUGAUUGACGGGAACUACGGAUUCGAGAUGGAGACGAUGGAGUUCUUGAACGUCCUUGGCUCCCACGGUAUGCCCGGAAACGUUUUCGGUAUCCUCACCCAUCUCGAUCUCUUCAAGAAGCAGAGCACGCUGCAGGCCGCCAAGAAGCGCCUCAAGCACCGUUUCUGGAGCGAACUCUACAACGGCGCCAAACUGUUCUACUUGUCCGGAGUCGUCAACGGUCGCUAUCCUGAUCGCGAGGUUCACAAUCUUUCCCGCUUCCUGUCCGUCAUGAAAAACCCCAGACCCCUCGUAUGGCGUAACUCCCACCCGUACGCCCUCGCAGAUCGGUUCUUGGAUAUCACGCCACCCACCCAGAUUGAGGAAGACCCGAAGUGCGACAGAACGAUAGCCCUUUACGGUUACCUGCGUGGUACCAAUUUUUCGGCCCAGGGUGCGCGUGUACAUGUCCCAGGUGUUGGCGAUUUGACGGUCUCCGGUAUCGAGUCCCUGCCGGACCCGUGCCCGACCCCGUUCAUUGAGCAGCAAACAGCAAAAGCUACUGGAAAGUCGAACAGGCGCCGAUUAGGAGACAAGCAGAAACUGCUUUUCGCGCCCAUGUCUGAUGUUGGUGGUGUUUUGGUGGACAAGGAUGCCGUUUACAUUGAUGUCAAGACCUCGAAUUUUGAGCGAAAUGAAGACGAGUCCGAUGAUGAAGAGCGCGGCCUUGGCGAGCAACUGGUUGUUGGCCUGCAGGGUGAGCGCAAGCUUCUCGGUGAGGCUGACGGCGGUGUCCGCCUCUUCCGCGGUGGCGAAGCCAUUGCAAAAGCAGAUGACGAGGAUGGUGCUGCUGGAAGAAAACACAAGCGUCACGCUCGAUUCCUGGAGGGUGAAAACAACAAUGCCGAUGUGGCCGGCGAAGAAGAUGAAGGUUUCGAGAGCGCAGAGAAUGAGGAUGAAGCCGAGGAUAUUGAUGAGGAUGACCUGGACGAAGACCUCAGCGAGGAUGAGGAGAUUGAUGCCUCUGCACCCGCAGAUUUCGAAGCCAGCUUCAAGGAGAGGCAAAACGGCAACGUUCGCCAGACCGAAGGUGAUCUAGAAUUCGCCGACAGCGACUCUGAUCUCGGCUCUAUCUCGUCGGUGGAGGAUCAGAUUCUCGAAAGCGAUGAGGAUGAGGACUCUGACGAUGAGGGUAACGGCCGAUGGAAAGAGAACAUGCUUGCCAAUGCGAAGGCACUCCACUCGAAGCGCCCGGCAUUCCGCAUCACUGAUUUGUCUCGUAUGCUGUAUGACGAUUCUAUUGCGCCCGAGGAUGUGAUGCCACGAUGGAGUGGUCGUGACGAGAACGAGGACGACGAGGACGAGGAGCAGGAAGCAGGCGAUGAAGAGGAAGACACCUUCUUCAAGAAGACGAAUGCUGAGCAGAAGGAGGAGGAGGAGUACCGUCACGUCCCGGAGUUUGACUACACCAAGCUGGAAGAAAAGUGGCAGGAUGAAGAACUUAUUGAAUCUCUAAGGAGCAGGUUCGUCACAGCCAAGUUGUCCGGAGGGGACGAUGACGACGAUUCGGAUGUUGACGAUGCGUUCGAAUCGGACGACGAAGGAGAUGGUGAAUUUGAAGACCUGGAGACGGGAGAAGCCUUCAACGGUCUUUCUGACGACGAAGAGGGUGGCGAGGAUGACAACAAGAAAGAAGAGGGCCCCGUGGAUCUGGACGCUGAGCGUGAACGCAAUGCGAAGAAGAAGGAAGAGCUGCGACUUCGUUUCGAGGAAGAGGACCGCGAAGGAUUUGCAAACUCCAAGGACAAUUCACGAAAGGACGGCGGAGGUGAUGAGGAGUUCGGGGAGGACGAGUGGUACGACAUGCAGAAGGCCAAGCUACAGAAGCAGCUCGACAUCAACCGCGCCGAGUUCGAUAUGCUCGACCCGGCGUCGCGAGCCAGAGCUGAAGGCUUCAAGGCCGGAACAUACGCACGUAUCGUUCUCGAGAAGGUGCCCUGCGAGUUCGCUACGAAGUUCAACCCCCGUUAUCCGGUGAUCGUCGGUGGACUUGCACCUACCGAGGACCGAUUCGGCUACGUCCAGGUCCGCAUCAAGAGACACCGUUGGCACAAGAAGAUCCUCAAGAGCGGUGACCCUCUCAUCUUCUCCCUCGGUUGGCGUCGCUUCCAGUCGCUGCCUAUCUACAGCACCUCCGACAGUCGGACGCGUAACCGCAUGCUCAAGUACACUCCGGAACACAUGCACUGCUCCGGUACCUUCUACGGGCCCCUCGUGGCGCCCAACACCGGUUUCUGCUGUCUCCAAUCCUUCUCCAACAAGGCGCCCGGGUUCCGCAUCGCCGCCACUGGUGUGGUGUUGAACGUCGACGAGCACACGGAGAUCGUCAAGAAGCUCAAGCUGACUGGUGUUCCGUACAAGAUCUUCAAGAACACGGCCUUCAUCAAGGACAUGUUCAACUCGUCCCUGGAGAUUGCCAAGUUCGAAGGCGCCUCGAUCCGUACGGUAUCCGGCAUCCGUGGUCAGAUCAAGCGCGCACUGAGCAAGCCGGAAGGAUACUUCCGUGCCACCUUCGAGGACAAGAUCCUCAUGAGUGACAUCGUCUUCCUGCGUGCCUGGUAUCCGAUCAAGCCGCACCGCUUCUACAACCCGGUCACCAACUUGCUGGAUCUGGCCGAAGAGGGUGCGGCCGACAGUGGCUGGCAGGGCAUGCGUCUCACCGGUGAAGUCCGUCGGGAGAAGGGCAUCCCUACUCCCCUCGAAAAGAACUCGGCGUACCACAAGAUCGAGCGUCCCGAGCGUCACUUCAAUCCUCUUCGGGUGCCCCGGCAGCUAGCCACCGAUCUCCCCUUCAAGUCCCAGAUCACCAAGAUGAAGCACAACAAGGACAAGACCUACAUGCAGAAACGGGCUGUGGUCCUUGGCGGCGAGGAGAAGAAGGCGCGUGACCUCAUGCAGAAGCUCAACACCAUGCGCAACGAGAAGCAGGCCAAGCGUGCGGCGAAGCAAGAGGAGCGUCGCAAGGUCUACCGCGCCAAGGUGGCUGAAAAUCUGGAGAAGAAGGCCGAGCGGGAAAAGAGAGAGCGCGACGACUACUGGCGUCGCGAAGGUAAGAAGCGGAAGAACCAAGACGGAGAAGGCGGUGGAGGAGGCAAGAAGCGCAGGUGAAGCACCUAGGUGGGUGUUUGUCCUAUCAUCUUGCUUCUGGGGUCAUAUACAGGUUUUUUGUCUCAAAAAAAGUUAUUCUGUGAAUAAUGUCCAAGUGUAUCUAUGUGCACGCUGCAUGGGAUGGAAGGCGUUGAAUUUGUUGAUUGGACUCUAUUUCUUCUUGACAUGUUGAACAUAUAUCAUUGUUACUUGUUCUUUG